GCCACCGGAACCAAGAUGGCGGUGGAUCACGUGACCCGGGGCAGCCGGAUUUCCGGUUCCCAGGACGACGGGCCGGAAGCGAAAGGAGACGCAAUCUCUGUCGUCGGCGUUAGUCGGCUUUCGCUGCUAACGUUCUGUUAUGAGUUGCUAAAAUCAUGGUGAAAUGUUGCUCGGCCAUUGGAUGUGCUUCUCGCUGUUUACCAAAUUCCAAGUUAAAAGGACUGACAUUUCACGUAUUCCCAACAGAUGAAAAGGUCAAAAGAAAAUGGGUAUUAGCAAUGAAAAGACUUGAUGUGAAUGCUGCAGGCAUUUGGGAGCCUAAAAAAGGAGAUGUGUUGUGUUCAAGGCACUUUAAGAAGACAGAUUUUGACCGAAGUGCUCCAAAUAUUAAACUGAAACCUGGAGUCAUACCUUCUAUCUUUGAUUCCCCAUCUCACUUACAGGGGAAAAAAGAAAAGCUUCAUUGUAGGAAAAACUUCACCCUCAAAACCCUUCCAGUCACAAACCACAAUCACCAGCUUGUUGGUGCUUCCUCAGGUACUGAAGAAUUCCAGUCCCAGUUCACUUUUGAACAUAGUUACAGUGUAAUGGACAGUCCAAAGAAACUUAAGCAUAAAUUAGAUCAUGUGAUCAGCGAGCUAGAGGAUACCAAGAAAAGUCUGCAGAAUGUUUUAGACCGAGAAAAACGCUUCCAAAAAUCAUUGAGGAAGACAAUCAGGGAAUUAAAGGAUGAGUGUCUCAUCAGCCAAGAAACAGCAAAUAGACUGGAAGCUUUCUGUUGGGAGUGUUGUCAGGAAAACAUAGAACAAGACUGUAUUUCAUGAAAUGAUUUUGUUAUGUUCUACCUAAAAUUGACAUUGGUACAGCUUUUUAGAAAAUAAUUCUCAUUUACCAUCAUUAAAUAAUAUCCAUCAUUUGGAGUGAUUCUUUGGAUCCUCUGCAGCAUUAUGCAUUAGAGUUAUUAUCCAAAGACUUCUUUUUUGAAGAUGUGCAGAAUUUUGUGCUAGUUAUCAUGUUUUUGUGUGACUUGUGACAAUUAUGUUUUUAUAGACCUACACUAGUGCCAGAUCGCCAUUGUAAGAUGUUAAAAGAUCAAGAAAAUUCUGUAGGACUAAGGAAAUGGUAUCAAAUCAGCCAAAUUAAGCUGUAGUAGUAAGAACUGGAUACUUAAGCAACAUCAGAUUUUUGGCUAAGUUGAAUUGUACUUUAAAUAUAUUUUACUAUAAAGCAGAAUUCAUUUAUAACACAUGCCCAUCUUGGAGCCAAUCCAAGGUGCUUUUGUCAUCAAUAAUACCAAAAGAUCUUUUUACACGGCAUCCCAUAGUACUGACCUUGAGAACAGAAUAUGGUGCAGAUCUUUUGGCUUUUACAGUUGUUCAGAGCCAAGUUAAGAAGAUCCAUGGUGAGGUCUCUGUUUUUCGGUACAGUACAUCAUUUCUGCUCACUAGGAGCACUUUGAUGUAAACCAGCAUAGCUUUAACAGAUUUUUAAGGAGGGUCAUAAAUAUGAUUUUUAAAUGGUUAGUUACUCUGACAGUUUUUCUGAACAUUUUGUUUCAUGACUAUUAUUUCAUCAUAGAGGUGUAAAUGCCAGUAGUAGCUAAUACUUUUAAUGUUGUUUCAUAUUUUAUAGAAAGCAGUAUUACUAACAUUUUUAAAAAUACAAAAUAUAGAAGAACCCAUUAAAAAUAAUAAUGUGGUUCUUCUAGUUAAAGUAGGAAUUGGAGAAAGGAUUGUAAUACUUCCCUUUAAUUAGGAGGGUAGAUUACUAUCCAAGAGCUUUUAUUUAGAGAAAUAGAUAAGUAAAACAGCAAUUUUAGAAUAGCUUCUUACUGAAUUUCCAAAAGAAUAUCUCUUAGUUAUUUUCUGAUUGAUCCAGGUGUCAGAAGGUUUUAGGUCAUAGGUUUUUUCCUAACUUCGUAGCAAAAACAACUGAAAUUACUAAAUUAACUGUCAUGAACACUGUGGAUUAGAAUUAAAAAUUACUAGCCCAAAGCCAAAUUCAACUUUGAAGCACAUGUACAUAUAUGGCCUUCAUUCACACAUCUAUACUAUAAUAGUUAGAAUUUGAGUAUCAAUUAUUUCAAUGUGUUAACUAGAAAUGAACUGCAUUUUGUGCUAAAAUAUUCAUUGUAAUUUUAUUUGUGUUAUAUUAAUAUCGGUAAAGAUAUGGUCACUUGAAUUUUUUAUAUUUAAGAAGUUUCUAUUUUAGCUCAUGUCAUAUUUUUAUGUAAGAUUCCAAACCUUCCCUCUGGGAUUUUACCCACAUUUGAGAGAUUAGCACUAUGCUAAAAAGAAAUCACUGACGUUCUAUCUUUUUGCUACCUUAUAAAAAAGCUCAUUUGCUACCCAUUAUUUAUUUUAGUUAUUUAAUUUUGAAUUCAUAAUGGACACUCUAAUGGGGAGUUUGUGUAUGAUCUUAGUUUUAUGGAGAUUCUUUGCUAGAGAUGGAGAAUGACCCUCACUCUAUUUUUGAGCAAAAAAAUUAAAAGUCAGUGGACAGGGAAGAAAAGUAAGAAGAUCGAUCCAAACACAGUAUGUCCAGAUCCUAGCCCUUUACUGGCUUCUUAGACUAAAUCAAGCCCAGAAGACCUUUCCAAGAGUAAAUCCCCAGUUUCUGCCUCUAUCAACACAGGUGCGACAGUCACUUUUACUACUUGUGUUCACAGUGAACUCAGCUCUUGUCUCCUUUCUCGUUAGUCUUAGUACCAUUGAGAGAGAGAGCUGUGGGCAAAGUAUUGGUAUCAUCAAGGAGCCGGACCUACCCAUUUGCCCUUUAUUUUUAUGAAGAAAUGAUUACCAGUAGAAACCUGACAUAAGAAAUAGGGUCUUCCCCAGCUGCCACCCAAACAAAUACCUGAACACAGUAUAUACCUCAGUCCACUGUUCCCAGAGAUUCCAGCUUAGCCUGAGGAAGAACUGUUCUGUGCACAGCAAAACCAGUCAUCCCCCAUCCAGAGGUUCCUCAAGCAGCCAAGGCCAACCUAAGGGUUGCAGUUUGCUUUCAGGCUUGGAAUAGCCUCUGGGUCCUAGAACAAACCAGGCCACCAGUUCAACCUCAGCAUCAAAUCAGGUACGAAGGACUUGUCAUGGUGUUUUUCUCCAUGUGAACUUUGAAUCUCUGGAAAUAGACUUUGCUAAAGAUAAUCACAAUUAUACCAUAGUCUUUAAUUUGAGAAAAGAUGAAAUGUAUUAAUAUAUAUUUAGUUUUAAUAAAAAGAUAAAAUUAUUAUAGAAAUAAUUGAGUAGUGAAGAAUCCAUUAUAUAUUUGAAAAAUAAAGUAUUUUUUCCAGUAAUGUGCUCUAUGUGGUUUUUAUACAUUCAGUUAUUCAAUAAAAUGAGCAGAGAAAAAUCAAGAGUAUGUAUACAGUGGUUUUGCUUUAAUUCAUUCC